UGUCAUUCAUUUUAAUUUUCCAAACAAAAAAGACAGAGACACACAGACACCCUCUUCCCUUUCCUCUUCCUCACCCAGGCAACAAUGGCGUUGGCGAAUCUGCACAGGCUAACCUCCCAAUCGCACCACCGCCUCUCAUUCCUCUCCAAAUCCCUAAUCUCUCGCGCCACCUCCACCUCCUCCUCCUCCUCCACCACCACCGCCUCCAAGAAGGUCUCCGACCGCAUCGUGCGCUUCUCCGCCAUCGACUUCGAAGGCAAGAAGCACGACGUGAUUGGUCUCUCCGGCCACACCGUCCUCAAAGCCCUCAUCAACAAGGGCCUCGUCGACCCUGACUCCCACCGCCUCGAAGAGAUCGACGCUUGCUCCGCUCACUGCGAGGUCAACAUCGCCCAGGAAUGGCUCGAGAAGCUUCCCCCAAGAUCCUACGACGAGGAAUACGUCCUCACCAGAAAUUCCCGUGCUAGGGUCCUCAACAAGCACUCCAGGCUCGGUUGCCAGCUCCUCCUCGACCAUGAUCUCCAAGGUAUGGUCGUCGCUUUGCCAGAACCCAAACCAUGGGACACUUCCUAGGGUUUUUUCAAUAAUUCGAUAGAAUUUGGGGCUUUUAUAUCAUAGUUGUUGAAUAAUGUGAUUGAAUUCGUGGGUUUGGAGAAAGAUCAGAACUUGUUGAACAUUGCCCUGGUUUAUUGUUGUUGACCUUUUUUUAUUUUAUGUAUUUGGUGUUUUGAACAUUGGUGCUGGUUGUCAUUGGCCUGCUAUAAAAUAACUAUUUGCGUUGUUGCGACCA